AUGACUGCUCAUCAGGGUUUUGUCUAUAUGAAUGAUGAAAUCAUUGACGAUGAAUUCAAAUGUUUGAUUUGCAAUGAACCGUUUGAACAAGCAACGUGUACACCUUGUGAUCAUACGUUUUGUCGAUUGUGUAUCGAACAAUGGUUACGAAAGUGUGCUGAUGAAAACCAAACAUGCCCGAUAUGUCGUCGUUCAUUAUCGAUAGAUCAAGAUUUGAAGCCAGCCAGUCGUAUUAUUUCAAAUCGAAUUGACCGAUAUCUAGUCAAAUGUUUGGAAUGUAAAAUUGAAAAAAUUCCGCGUGGUUCAUUUUCUGAUCAUCUAUCAAAAACAUGUACACAAGCAAAUGUUUCCUGUUUAGCAUCUGAUAUUUUAUGCAAUUGGACAGGACCAAGAUAUCAACUAAAUGAUCAUUUAAAAGCGUGUCCCUUUCAACAAAUACGUCCUAUUCUAGAACUCAUUCACACUAAAAACAAUCGACUCGAACAAAUAAUUACUGAACAACAGCAACAGAUCAAAAAUAUCGAUGAACGAUACCAUACACAGCAAGUUCAAAUUGAUGAAUUAACUAAAAUUAUUGAAGUUUUAAAAGCGUGGAAAGACCCAAAAAUAAAGAGAACAAUCAACUUCGACGAUUUAGGUGAACAAGACGAUGAACUAGAAUGUUAUGGCCAGAUUCCCUUAAAUUAUGCUGGUUUUACAUGGAACAAUGGUGCUUUUAUGCCUCAACAACAUGGGAAAAGUUCAUAUCCAAAUACUGGUUUUGCAACUGCUUUUAAACAAAAUCAAAAAUGUGUCAUAUUCAAUUUUGGAUGUCGAUCAAUUAAAUUACACGAUUCUCGAAACACAUUUUGUAUUUUAUCCUUUGAAGCAACGUGUGCUUUUCAAGAUGAAGUUAUUUUAACAGUCACUGGUCGACGUGCUGGGAAGACAAUGCAAACAAUGAUCUUCACACUUCGUUACCACGAACUAAAAAUCUUUGAUCUGAACUGGGACAAUAUUGAUGAACUUGAAUUCUCACCUAAGGGCGGAAAACAACUUGCAACAUCUACAGACACUGAUAGACAUGUCAUUUUGACAACUCUAAAUUUUAAUUGA